AUGGAAGAAGUUCAGGAUGUUUUCCAUUUUCAUGAUACCGUUGGAGAUGGUAAAAUUGCAGCAAAUCAACUCCCUGCAGCACUUCGAGCAAUGAUGCUCAAUCCAACGGAAGCUCUACUCGAUGAAGUUAUCAAGAAGAGAACUGGAGGUGCACGAAUCACAAUUGAGGAGUUUAUUCCAAUCUACAAGAAAGUGGAGGCAGCGUGUGGCAGGAGUACCACCCUGAAGGAGUUUCAGACUCUUCUCUCCCACUUCGAUCGAGAUGGAAACGGACAGAUACCGAUUGUUGAGCUCAAAAGCAUGCUUCAGAAUGGAGGAGAAAAAAUGUCCAACCAAGAAGUUGAUAAUCUUCUUUUCGGAGUGGAAGUCAUCGAUGGAAAGAUAAACAUUAACAACUUUUUGAACAAUCAUCUCCAGAUGGGACUUCAGGAAACCGAGAAAUAA